AUGGCCGCCCCACGCCCGCCCCCCGUCGUCUCGGUCUCAGCGCCCGCCUUCUACGCGCCGCAGAAGAAGUUCGGCCCGGUGGUGGCCCCCAAGCCCAAAGUGAACCCCUUCCGGCACGGGGACGGCGAGCCGCCCGCCGCGGCCGGGGCGCAGCGCGCGCAGAUGGGCCGGGUGGGCGAGGUGCCCCCACCGCCCCCCGAAGAAUUUCCCUUACCGCCCCCUCCGCCGCUCGGGGACGGCGAUGAGGCCGAGGGUGCCCUGGGAGGCCCCUUCCCGCCACCCCCUCCCCCGAUCGAUGAGCCGUUCCCCCCUGCACCCCUGGAGGAUGAGAUCUUCCCGUCCCCACCACCCCCUCUGGAGGAGGAGGGAGGGACUGAAGGGCCCACACCGCUCCGGUCACAGCCCAGGGAGAAGGUGAGCAGCAUUGACCUGGAGAUCGACUCACUGUCCUCGCUGCUGGACGACAUGACCAGGAACGACCCCUUCAAGGCCCGGGUGUCCUCUGGAUAUGUGCCCCCGCCAGUUGCCACGCCUUUCAGUCUCCACUCCAGUCCUAGGCCUGCAGCUGGGGCGACGGCACCCCUGCCUCCUUGGAAGGCCCCCUCUAGCUCCCAGCCACUAUCCCAGGCUCAGGCCCUGCCCCAGAGCCAGACGCAGGUCCCUGUCCCACCCCAGGUCCGGCCCCAGGCCCGGCCUCAGGUCCCACCCCAGGUCAAACUCCAGGCCCAGGCCGAGCCUAUGUCUUCGGCUGACACCCAGCCCCGAGGUCCCACAGCCCCUAAGUUUUCUCCGGUGGCUUCCAGGUUUACUCCUGUAGCCUCCAAGUUCAGCCCUGGAGCCCCUGGAGCCCCAGGUGGACCUGUGUCACAGCCCAAUCAGAAGGUGGGGUCCCCUGAAGCUCCCUCUUCCAUGGGCACAGUCUCCCCUCAGCCCCCCAGUGUCACCUGUGCUCAGCAGAAGGAGAAGCCCCAUGUACAGGAGAAGCAGUCUCCAGGGUCCCUACCGCGGCCUGCUCCAAACCAGGUGCGCCCCCCUGGGGCCCCCGGCCCCCUGACACUGAGGGAGGUGGAAGAGCUGGAGCAGCUGACGAAGCAGCUCAUGCAGGACAUGGAACAGCCCCAGAAGUCGAGUGCGGGCACCAGCGAGCUCUGUGGCCGCUGCUGCCAGCCCCUGGCCCGUGCCCAGCCGGUGGUCCGCGCGCUGGGCCAGCUGUUCCACAUCACCUGCUUCAUCUGCCACCAGUGCAGCCGGCAGCUGCAGGGACAGCAGUUCUACAGCCUCGAGGGGUCGCCCUACUGCGAGGGCUGCUACACCGAGACCCUGGAGAAGUGUAGCACCUGUGGGCAACCUAUCACCGAGCGCAUGCUGAGGGCCACGGGCAGGGCCUACCACCCCAACUGCUUCACCUGCGUGCUCUGUGCUUGCCCCCUGGAGGGCACCUCCUUCAUUGUGGACCAGGCCAACCGGCCCCACUGUGUCCCUGACUACCACAGGCAGUACGCCCCGAGGUGCUCCGUCUGUGGUGAGCCCAUUAUGCCGGAGCCCGGCCGAGACGAGACCGUGCGGGUGGUGGCCCUGGACAAGAACUUCCACAUGAAGUGUUACAAGUGUGAGGACUGCGGGAAGCCUCUGUCCAUCGAGGCGGACGACAACGGCUGCUUCCCCCUGGAUGGACACGUGCUUUGCCGGAAUUGCCACACGGCCCGGGCCUAGACCUGAGCCCUAUCAGGCCACCCCCAUUCCAACCCCACCUUCAUUCCAGCCCCUUCGGGACCCAGGGCCCUGACCAGUGCACCCCACCUGCCCUCCGGCUGCAGGGCCCAAGCUCUGUGCUCUCAGCUCCCUCUCCCACCCACCCCGCAGGGCCCCAUGACCCCCACCACACCCAGCCAGCCACCCACCCACCCAGGGCAGGAGGUCUCAGUGCUGCUUUCACCGCUGUAAGCCCAGCACCCCACUUCUGAGGGAGGGUGCCAAGCCUGGGGGCGGGAUGGCCUGCCCCCACCAAUGCCGCCCGCCAAGUUGUGGCCACAGCUGCAAUAAAGAAACUUUUU